AGCUACAAAGCUAGCAUGACAACCAAAGAUCAGUUUCAGCCGGCCAUUAAUAGUGUUUGUUUCUCUAGUAUGAGCAAACACCUCUUGGAUUUGCUUUUAAAGAUAUCUACCAAAGCCUGAUAAGCUUCCUUCAAGGGAAACCUCAGGAACCACCAGAGCCACUGGGGAAGCUACCACCAUCAAGACCUCCACUCCUCACACACAAGCUACAUCACUCAGUCCCACUCUGGAUACACCCACACAGCUGGUACAGGGUGAGGGAACUGAGGCAGCUCCCCCCACUACAGCAGCACAGACUAAAGUGCCUGGGGCUAUUGAAACUGACACUACACCUGCUCAGUUAGACCAACUGAUACAACAGGUGAGCAUUGUUGGGUCUUUAGUGGAUGUUUAUGUCUGCUCUCCAUGUUGCCUAUGUGGGACGUGAUGAGUGUCUGAGAAUCAUGAUAGAGCCUGCCCCUGGGGCAAAGUGUCAGGUGGACCUGGAGUUCAAGGAUAAUUAUAAGUGGGGAAUGACUCCAUUAAUGAUGGCUGCUAAAAACGGGAAUGAGAAAUGUAUCGAAAAAUGGGGCAGAUGUGAACGCAAAAUCAAAACAGUAUGCCGGAUGGUCACCACUGUUCUUUGCAAUCAAAGAGGGGCACCUGAAGAUAGCCAAGCUUCUGUUGGCUAACAAAGCUAGCAUGACAACCAAAGAUCAGUAUGAGCAAACACCUCUAGGAUUCGCUUUUAGCCACAAGAAAGAUAUCUACCAAAGCCUGAUAAGCAAGGGAAACCUCAGGAAUUGAAGGCUAUCAGAGCCACUGGGGAAGCUACCAUCAUCAAGACCUCCACUCCUCACACACAAGCUACACCACUCAGUCCCACCCUGGAUACACCCAUACAGCUGGUACAGGGUGAGGGAACUGAGGCAGCUCCCCCCUCUACAGCAGCACAGACUGAAGUGCCUGGGGCUACUGAAACUGACACUACACCUGCUCAGUUAGACCAACUGAUACAACAGGCAAAGAGUUCUGCUAGGAGUGCAGUGAGCACGAACAUGAAGGACAUUGAGCGCAAGCACAGGAACUACAUGACCCAAGCAAUGCAGUCAGGAAGAACAGCUGCUAGUGCUGCAUAGCUUUAAAAACUUCAAGAGUGUUUGUAUAAAAAAUUAUGAUAAUUAUUCAUGACUUUA